AUCCGCUGUCCCAAGCUGCGCUGAUUCUUCACUCUCCGGCAGGAAGCACGCUGCGGUCCGCCUGCUGCCUCCCCUCUAUCACCGGCCACCUGCCUCUCCGAGAAUAACACACAGAAACAUCCCAGCAAAACAAGGGGAGCAAGACGAGACAGCCAGGACACUCAGCCGGUUUCUCAGUGUUACUUUUUCGGCUUCCAGCACCCCCCUCUCCUCCUCCCUCAGGAGCGCACUUGGAGACCCGGGUUUGUUGUCGUUACCAGGAGAGGAGAGCUCAGCGACCCGAGCCUAACACAGUGCUGCCUCCCCUCAGAGGAGAUACUUGCAUGGAUGCACCAUGGCCACGUUUGUCUGCAGGGUUCAGUUUCUAGAUGACACCGAUCCGUUUAACAGCACCAACUUCCCGGAACCGACGAGACCGCCGCUGUACACCUUUAGGGAGGAUAUCCCGCUCAUCAACCAGUUAGCAGGCAUCCACCGCCUCCUCAGGGCUCCACACAAGCUUGAUGACUGCACACUGCAGCUCUCCCACAAUGGCACCUAUCUGGAUCUGGAGUCAUCUCUGGCUGAGCAAAAGGACGAGCUGGAGGGCUUUCAUCAAGAUGACACAGGGUCCAGAGGGAAGAAGCACAGUGUUGUUCUACGGACCCAGCUGACUGUCCGUGUACAUGCCUGCAUUGAAAGACUGUAUAACUCCAAUGGACGUGACUUGAGAAGGGCACUGUUCUCUCUAAAGCAGAUUUUUCAGGAUGACAAAGACCUGGUCCAUGAGUUUGUGAUGGCUGAAGGUCUGACCUGUCUCAUCAAAGUGGGUGCAGAAGCUGACCAGAACUACCAGAACUACAUAUUAAGAGCUCUGGGACAGAUCAUGCUGUAUGUGGACGGGAUGAACGGUGUCAUCGGGCAUGCUGAGACAAUCCAGUGGCUGUACACUCUUGUUGGCUCAAAGUUCCGUCUGGUGGUGAAAACAACUCUGAAGCUGUUGUUGGUGUUUGUGGAGUACUCGGAGUCCAACGCCCCACUGCUGAUAGAUGCCAUCACCUCUGUGGAAACCAAGAGAGGAUGCAAGUCGUGGUCCAAUACUAUGGAGAUCUUGCAUGAGAAGGAUGGAGUGGACACAGAGCUGCUGGUCUACGCCAUGACCCUCAUCAAUAAGACGCUGGCUGCACUGCCUGAUCAGGACUCAUUUUACGACAUGGUGGAUGGUCUUGAGGAACAGGGCAUGGAAACAGUGUCCCAAAGGCAUCUGGGCCGGAAAGGAACUGAUCUGGAUUUGGUUGAGCAGCUCAACCUCUAUGAGACGACCCUACGGCAUGAAGACGGGGACGAUGACAGCCAGCCUCCUCCAUCAGGACGCCGGGACCGCCGACGAGUCAGCCUCGGGGGCGGGGACAAAAAGCACGGCCUGGAGAGGAGGCGGAGCCGCAGGGCCUCUCUGGGGCGACCCGGUCAAGCCUCCCCCUGCAACCCUGCGUCCCCACAGAGAGGCCACCAGUCAGCCUAUGGACAGAGAGCUGAGGACAUGAGCGAGAGAGCACUUUCAGGUUUCCUUCAAUCCAUAGAGGAGGAAUGUGAGGGUGAGAUAGGGGAGGAGGAGGAGGAGGAGGAGGAAGAAGAAGAAACUCCAGAGACUCAAUCUGACUCGGAUGAGCCAAAGGGGGCUGGUUCAGUGUCUAAACUGAGCACCCUCAGCCCCGCCAGACAUCUUCCAUCUAAAGUUCACCGGACCACCGUGCAGUCCAUCACCAUCACUUCCAGGAAGGAGAGUAUAAAAGAGGAGGAGCAGAGGAAUCGGACUGAACCACCUCCUGCACCCAUAAUCCACCCCCCCUUAUCUCCUCCCGUGUCCUCCCCUCUCAACCCCCCAGCCCCACCCUCCAUCCUGGCCUCCCUGCUGGCCAGGAAGAGGUCCAUAGUCACUGUCCCGGCUACCAAGGAGGUCAGCCCGCCGUUACGUGGCAGCUCCCGCCCCUCCCCCGAACGCAUGCCCUACCUGCCCCACUCUCCCUUCCACCUCUUCUCCUACGACCUCGAUGAGGAGCCGACGCCACCGGCUCCACCCAAACCCAGCGAGGAGUCACCCAAAACAACGUCUCCCAGGAAUGGAGGUCUCUCGUCCUAUUCCUCUCUCAGCACCCCAAGUACGCCCACCACCUCCAGGCCUGCUUUGGGAGGUCUUCUCUCUUCCUCGUAUCGACAACACCAGGAAUCUCUGGCGGCCGAGCGUGAGCGCCGUCGCGUGGAGAGAGAGGAGCGGCUGCUGAGGAUAGAGAGAGAGGAGAGGAACAAGCACAGCCGUGACUAUGUGGAUAAAAUGGAAGAGGCCAGGCAUGCGCGGGAGGAGAGGUAUAAGAACGUGGAGCGUCUGGCGGCAGAGGAGUUCGAGAGGGAGCACGUCCGGGUGUCCAGGACUCGCCCUGACCUCGGCCUGACCUUCGAACCCGCGGAGUCGUGGCCCUCGUCAUCGCGCAGCAGCACCCCGUCUUCUUUCGCCUCCCAUGAGGACGCAGACGCCGACCUCGAAGCCGAGACCCCCGCCACCCCCUACACCGCCUCUGAAACUGAAGAGGCUGAUGAGUCCAGUGCCAGUGUAGAAACAGAGGAGAAAGAGGCCACUGCCGAAGAGGAGGAAGAACAGAAAGAGGAGGACAUACAGGAGGAAAAACAGGAGGAAGUACAGGAGGAGGAAGCAGGAGAAAAGGAGGAGGAAAGUGAAGAGUGUGAGCCCGAACCGGAGAAGGAGAAAGAGGAGGCGGAGGAGGACAGCGGGAUCCUGAGUGACAAAGAGCGACAGAAUGAGGAAGUGAAUGAGAAGGACAACUGCUCGGCCUCCAGCAUCUCCUCCGCCAGCAGCACUCUGGAGAGAGAGGAGAGGGGGAGCAAUGAGAAUGGCUUGAAGGAGGGAGAGGUGAACGAGCCGUGCGGCAAACUCCUCAACAGCAAACUCUUCAUGCUGGACAUGCUGUACUCCCAGAACAAGAAGCCCAGCGAUGAGGAAGAGGAGGAGGAAGAAGAAGACGUUGAGAAGGAGAAUGAGAAAGGAGAAGGGGAGGACAAAGAAACUCAGGAGGAGGCCGACGUGCAACUGGGCGAUAAGCAGGAGAGCGAACACAAGGCCGGCAAAUCAGAUCACCACUCCAACAUCCGACCGCUGGCGGAGAGAUUUGGAAACUUAAUCAAGGACCUCAGUUCAACCCCCCCUCACCACGAGGUCCCGGCCAAUGAGCCCCCUCCCCCCCCGCCCAAAAAGGAAUCGGACACGAUCUGGGACCAGCUCCUGGCCAGCCCUCGGGAGCUGCGCAUCGGGGACAUCAACUUCACCGACCUGACGGACGAGGAUGACAAAGACAUUCUGGAUGCUGUUUUGAUGGGAGGGUGUGGCGACCUCCCUCCACCACCGCCUCCCCCGCCCUGCAUCCUCCGGUACCCUCCGCCCCCACCCAUGCUAGGCUGCUGCCCUCCACCCCCUCCCUUACUUGGGAGCAUGAGGCCUCCUCAUCCUCCUUCCUUCGGUUCCACAAAUCCAGGGCCUCCUCCCCCCGAGCCGCCACUCUUCAACAAGAAGAAGAAGACAAUCAGGCUCUUCUGGAGCGAGGUGCGUCCCACAGACCCUCAGUACAGGGACUACAAGCAGAGCGGAGACUCGUUCUGGUCCAAACUAGAACCCGUGAAAAUGGACACCGCCAAACUGGAACACCUGUUUGAGACAAAAUCCAAGGAAAUGCCGGUUACAAAGAAAACAGCAGCAGACGGGAAGCGGCAGGAGAUCAUCGUGUUAGAUUCCAAGAGGAGUAACGCCAUCAACAUCGGUCUGACGGUGCUGCCUCCUCCUCGCACCAUCAAGACGGCCAUCCUUAACUUUGACGAGUACGCGCUAAACAAGGAGGGCAUUGAGAAAAUCCUGACCAUGAUCCCCACAGAGGAGGAGAAGCAGAAGAUCCAGGAGGCCCAGCUGGCCAACCCUGAGGUCCCGCUGGGUUCAGCUGAGCAGUUCCUCCUCACUCUGUCCUCCAUCAGUGAGCUCUCCGCCAGACUCCAGCUCUGGGCCUUCAAGAUGGACUACGAGACAAUCAGAAGGUGUGAAGUAGCAGAGCCGCUGCAGGAUCUGAAGGAGGGUAUGGAACAGCUGGAGAAGAACAAAACUCUCCGAUACAUCCUGGCCACUCUGCUCUCUAUGGGGAACUUCCUCAACAGCACCAACGCGAAAGGCUUCGAGUUGACAUAUUUGGAGAAGGUUCCAGAGGUGAAGGACACGGUUCACAAGCAGUCUCUGCUGCAUCAUGCCUGCUCCGUGGUGGUGGAGAACUUCCCUCAGAGCACCGACCUCUACUCCGAGAUCGGGGCCAUCACUCGAUCUGCAAAAGUGGAUUUCGACCUGCUGCAGGAGAACCUGUGUCAGAUGGAGCGGCGCUGCAAAGCCUCAUGGGACCACCUGAAGGUGAUCGCCAAGCAUGAGAUGAAGCCUCAGCUGAAGCAGAAGAUGUCUGACUUCCUCAAAGACUGCGCUGAGAGGAUCAUCAUCCUCAAGAUAGUCCACCGCAGGAUCAUCAACAGGUUCCACUCCUUCCUGUUGUUCCUCGGCCACCCGGCCUACAGUGUGAGGGAGAUCAGCGUCCACAGGUUCAGUAAAAUCCUCAGUGAGUUCGCUCUGGAGUACCGGACCACCCGAGACCGCGUGCUGCAACAGAAACAGAAACGGGCCGACCACCGAGAACGCAACAAGACCCGAGGGAAGAUGAUCAUGGACGUCAACGCUCCUUCUGAUGAUGAAGAGGAGAGUGAGUGUGCUCGGUAUGGCUCCACCAGCACCAACAGCGCCCCGAGUGGCAGUCAGGAGUGUGAGCAGCCUCAGGGUCUGGGCCACACUGAGGACGCUGCAGAGCACGAGCACAUGAAGGCCGUGCUGAGGACCAGCCUCAGCGGCGGAGACAAGGAGGCCAGCGCAGUGCCGGGGCUUCGGACACGGACAAGAUCCCGACCCGGAAGAGGAGGUCGCAUCAUGCCGUCACGGACUCCACCCGUGGAAGACACUUCGAUCUGUGGAGACGACGACGCAGACGAGAUCAUGGAGAGGAUAGUGAGGUCGGCCACGCAGGGUCCAGGAACCAGAGCCCAGCCCAGAGAGAGGAGGAGAUCCAGAGCUAACCGCAAGUCAUUGAGGCGGACUCUGAAGAACGGUCUGACCCCAGAGGAAGCUCUCGCUUUAGGACUUAGCGAUUCUCCAGACGGACAAUAAGAUCUUCCCGCCGCCUGUCGUCAUUUCCGUGGAAACACCGCGACAAUCAUUUUAAUGGACAUCUCUGUCAGCCGCCUGCCUUCGCCUCACUUUACAGAGUUGUAUUCCACCAGUCACGAACCCCUUUUAGGUUUUUUGCCAGCUGCUAAUGUUGCCUGAUGUGUCUGAGUGAUGAAGCUGCAGCCGUGAUAGCGUUUCUUUUUUUUGAAUGCAACACAAAGGUAAAUUCUUCCCGAGGAAAAAGAGGAAGUGAAGAAAGAGAACUGAUGUAUUGACUUGACAAAGAAAAGGAGAUUUCAAUUCAGUGCCGCUGCGUCUACACUGAAUGCAAAGAUUGUUGUGCGUUAGUCUAAGGGAAACUUUUUGCUUGUGAGUUUUUGCAUCUGUGACGUCACUAUUUUUCAUUUAUUGAAGCUGUGAAUUUCAAUUUGUCAAGGUUGACAGAGUUUGAUUUGUUCUCUUAUCCAGUUUCAAAGAGUCCCAGAGAUCAUCAAACAAAGAGGCAAAUGCUUCUGCAGCUGCACGUUUGACAAGUGACGUUUGUGUUGAGUAGGAAUAACAAAGGUUUUCUAUCUGAUGUGAUGUGCCUUUCAUUAAAAAGGGACGGUGCUGGGCUUUCAGCCAUCCCUCCCUCUUGUUACAGUCACCUCCUUCAGAUAACUCACAAAUGUCACAUUCACAGGUGCUGUAUAUCGAGUACGACUGUUUGUUACAAUUUACUUUUUUUAUUUUGGCAAAAUAUUUAUUUGCAAAGCUCGGACAUCUUGCACUUUACUCGACAUUAUUAGUUUCUAAUGCUGAAAACAAUGACUGAUACAAAACAGACAAAAGGAAGUAUUUAUCUCAGAGGAACUGUUUGUAAAGUGUAAAAAGACAAAAAGAUAAAGACAUUUUUAAAAGUUGAAUAAUCUAUUUUGAAGGACAAAUGUGUAAAUGCCCUUUUCAGCUGCCAGGUACUAAGUACUGUAGGAUACAGUGUGCAUGUUUAGUGCGGUUCAUUUGAUGUAUUAUUUUUGUAACUUCUGUAGAAACUUGUAUUAUAGUCUGAGAGAAAAGAGGCUAUUCUGUGAAUUGUUGUAAAAUAAAUGAAAGAUGUGCUCAAAGCUGAAAUAAGCAUUGCUGUGUGCUGGGAGGGGAGCAGGGUUCAGCGGUCACGUUGUACUUUAUAUGAACUUGAAAAGUUUGUGGAUAAUAAUAAAACGUCUCAGCUGAACCAUCUGCUGCUCUCGUGGUACAACCGAAAAACACAGGGAAACAUCGCUGCACAGAUAUAAUUGUGGUGAGCUGAACAUGAAACCAUGGUUCGUACACUUUCACUUGAAAUGCUGUGUAUACACACUCUGCAAUAAAAUACAAAAAACAUUGAGUG